AUGAAUUCAGAAUGGCAAUAGAUGUUGAUUGAAGAUUUGAAUGCUAAAUUGCUCUAACGUGCAGAAUUGAUAGGGCACUACGAAGAACUUGAAGAGUUGCUGGAGUUUCAUAAAGCCAAUAGUACAUUCGAAUAUGGUUUUGCGAUUAAACUUGAAUAGUUGGAUAGGGAGAUUCAAAACAAUUUUUCAUCGGAUCAAAAGGUUAGGAGUUUGAUUAAGGAAAGAGAAACCUUAUAUUAAGAGCUAAACAAAAGAAUGGAGGAGCAGACUCUCCAGGUUUUUGAAUAAUAUAUUGCUAAUUGGAUUAGUGAUUUUAAGGGGUUUAGAGUAAUACAUGGAGAGGAGAAGUACCAACAACUAUUACUGGAAUAGUAGAAGCAGAUAAAAGGAAUGAUAUACACGCAGUACAAUAAAAAGAUAUAGGGCAUCACUUAAAUUUACAAACAAUUCAAUUAAAUAGACUAAGCCAUACAAUACAAUAUAUCAUAUGUGGACAACGAUUUGUCCAAUCAAAUAAAUUAGUAUUAAAAUAAGACAAAUCAAUCCAUGCUUUAAAAGAAGGAUGACACUCUCCAAUUGUCAUAAAUAAUACAACAAAUAGAGUUCACCAAAUAAACUGCUAAUUUAUAAUAAGAUGACUCUUUGAUAUAGCAUAUGGAUGAAUUCAAUAUCAUCAUGACCAAAUCAUCUCAUCCUAUCAAACUGCAAACCAUAUAUGAAGAAUAACAAUAAAAUAUCAAUCAUCCCAUCAGACAGCAUCAUCAUAGCAAAACUAUAUUUAGCAAUAAGCAUUCUACUGCUUAAGUCAGUCCCUAGAUGUCAAAGUCAUACUUUGUUAGAGAGACUCCUUUAAAGAAAUCUCUAACCAAAGGGACCUUGCUACUCAAGAAGUUCUCUAAUAAACCAUCAAAAAGGGAAUUUGAUGUGUUUUAACAUCAAAAUCCUACUUAAUUGGGUUAUGGUCUAAGGAUGGCAUAGUUGACCUAAGAUAGAAUUGAAUUUAGAAAUCAAUUGAAACCCUAGAUAAUUGAUUCAUCAUUGCCUCUCUCUCAGAUUCUUAGAGUGAUCAUUCCAAAAUAGGUUCAAGGGUAUCUAAAAAGAAGGCCCAGCAAAAUAUAGGAGAAGGAAAACAAUGUUCCAAGUCUCUCUUAUUGGCCUAUGCAAAUUCUCACUUUGAAUCAGGGACAGAUUGAUCUACUGUUCCAUUCCUAAGAUCACAUGAUGGAUUGGUAUAAUGGUUUAGUGAAUGUAAAAAAUAUUAAUUAAUGA